AUGGAUCAACUGUACACGUUCAAUGUUUCGUCAUCCAAUGGCCAACAUAGCUCUCCUAUAAUUAAUUAUAGAAAGGAUGCUAAAAAGGGGGUCAAGUUUACCUUUAUGGUUGUUGGUGAACUGGGUACCGGUAAAACUACUUUCAUCAAUGCACUAUUAAACAAGAAAGUCUUGAAUCAUAGAUAUGAGUCAACAGCACAUACUGCCGGAGAAACCAAAACAUUAGCCUUCACUUCGGCCAAGUCAGUUGCUUUGCCAAACACUUCGAUCUUGACCAGAAACGAAUUCAAUGCCAGAACUAUUCAUGAAGAACCCGGUAUUGCCUUGACUGAAACUCAAAUUGAAAUCUUGGAUGACGACAAUAUGAAAUUGUUUUUGAAUAUUAUAGAUACUCCUGGGUUUGGUGAAAAUUUAAACAACGAGAUAUGUUUUGUUGAAAUUGAAAACUAUUUAAAGCAACAAUUUGAUUUGGUCUUGGCUGAAGAAACUAGAAUUAAGAGAAAUCCAAGAUUUGUUGAUACCAGAGUUCAUGUGAUGUUAUACUUUAUUACCCCUACCGGUCAUGGUUUGAGAGAAAUUGAUAUUCAAUGUAUGAAGAGAUUAUCCAAGUAUGUUAAUAUCAUUCCAGUUAUUGGUAAAGCCGAUAGUUUUACUAGCGAUGAAUUACAAUUUUUCAAACAACAAAUUAGAAUUGAUAUUGAAAAAUUCAAUAUUCCAACUUUCCAAUUUGAUAGCUUCUUGAAUGAAUAUGAUGAAGAAGAAGAUUAUGAUUUGAUACAAGAAUCUAAGUUCUUAGCCAGUUUACAACCAUUUGCCGUGGUUUGCUCUGAAGAUACCUUUGAAGUUAGUGAUGGCGCUGGUGGUAAGCCUAAGAUCGUUACUGCUAGACAAUACCCUUGGGGUUUAGUUGAUAUUAACGAUACUAGAUAUAGUGAUUUUUCAAUUUUAAGAUCAGUAUUGUUAGGAUCUCACUUGCAAGAUUUGAAGGAUUUGACUCAUGACUUCUUGUAUGAAACUUAUAGAACUGAAAGAUUAACAAAAGUCACUGGUGAUGCUGGAUUUGAUGACGAUCUUACCGAACAACCUACUGAGACUCAUGAUCAUACUUUGGGAACUCGUCAUGAGAUUCCUUCAUUAUCAAACUUGGCUCAAUUAACCGAUAGUUCUACUAACGGUGAUUUUGCUCGGGAAAUUGCUGAUAGUCAUUCAAUAACUUCUACAAGUUCUUCAUUGAAGAAACCAAGUAUGUUAUUGGAUGAUGAAGUAACUCCUCAAUCUCCAAGGUUAAGAAAUGUGAACUCAUUCACAUCUUCUUCAUCCACAGUUUCAUUCGACACUGAAAAACAACAAAACAACAAUCAAUUCAAGAGAUUGUCUAUUGGUCCACAACGUAACCAAUUGCGUCAAUUGUCGGAAACCGUGCCUUAUGUAAUUAGACACGAACGUAACUUAGAAAGACAGGCCAAAUUAGAAGAAAUGGAGAUGGCCAGUGCUAAGGAAUUGGCCCAUAGAGCCGCUAUGUUGGAAAGAAAAGCCGCGGAAUUAAAGGCAAAAGAACGAGAAUUGAUGAGACAAUUGGAAGAGGCUAGAGAAAUUGAAAGAAAAAAGGAACAAGCAGAAAGACAAAGGGCUGAAGCAGAAAGACAAAGAGAAGAAGCAGAAAGAAUAAAACAAGCCGAGGCUGAAAGGGUUGAAGAGGAAGAUGAACAAGAAGACCCAGAACCAAAUGUUAUUGAAGUACAUGAUGAAUCUUAUGAAGAUUCCCAAGAACAUCAUAUUGAAAAAGAUACUACUAUAACCGAUUUGCAUUCAAUUGUAAGUCAACAUUAA